AUGGCGUCCCCAAGACCAUCGCGCGACUCCCUUUCUUCCGUAUCUACGACCAGUCUCGUAUUCGAACGACUUAGCGAACGAGAGAAGCUUAACGAAAGUUUUACCGAUUUGGAUAAUGAAGAUCCGUUACAUGAUAAUGCCUCCGAGGACGAAGCCGGAGGCUUCUUACCUCCACUUCCGGAAAGGAAGGUCGUCGGGGUAGAUAAGUCUCUAAAGAGGUUCGUCCUCGUUAUGGCUGGCGUAUUCCUUGCUGCCUGGCUCGUUGGUCUAUUCACUUAUUUAUCAACCAAAUCCUAUCAGCACUCCUCUCAGAAAGAGCACGACGCGGCUGCUACCGAGUCCCGAGGGUCUGGGAAGAAAAUUACGUUGGACCAGAUAUUAGACGGGUACUGGCGACCUCAGAGUCAUGGGAUAAGUUGGAUCGCGGGCGCGAAUGGAGAAGAUGGAUUACUGUUGGAAAAAGGUGCGAUCGGAAAGGAUUUUCUCGUCGUUGAAGAUGUCCGGAGCAAGAAUGAAGACGACACCGCAGGCGGUGGCAAGAUCAAGUCUGCACAGACGCUCAUGCAGCAGUCUUGGUUCAAGGCUGGCGAUCAACAACUAACGCCAGAUCAAGUCUGGCCAAGCCCCGAUCUAAAGAAAGUACUUAUUGCUACUGAAACCAAGAACGUAUGGAGAUAUUCUUUCACGGCAGUUUACUGGAUAUUCGAUGUCGCGUCUCAAACUGCUGAGCCCUUAAACCCUCAGGAUCCCCACCUUCGAGUCCAGCUUGCUCAGUGGAGCCCGAAGAGCGAUGCCAUUAUCUAUACGAGUGCGAAUAACCUCUAUGUGCGACGGCUAGGAAGCAAGGACGUGGUGCAGAUCACGAAAGAUGGCGGACCGGAAUAUUUCUACGGCAUUCCUGACUGGGUUUAUGAAGAAGAGGUCUUCGGCGAUAAUAGCGCAACCUGGUGGUCCGAGAAAGGGGACUUUGUGGCUUUCUUGAGGACGAACGAGACCUUGGUGCCCGAAUACCCGAUCCAAUUUUUUAUUGAUAGGCCAAGUGGCGAGGAACCUCCCGCCGGAGAAGAGAACUACCCGGAAGUACAGCAGUUGAAAUAUCCCAAGGCCGGCUCGCCCAACCCGUUUGUGGACCUCCUCUUCUACGAUAUGGUCAAAGGCGAUGUUUUCUCGGUCGAAAUUGAAGGAGGUUUUGCUGCGGAUGACUUGUUGAUCACCGACAUCACGUGGGCCGGAAAUAAGGUCAUCGUGAAGGAGACGAACCGUGUUAGCGACAUUAUGCGGGUUGUUCUGAUCGAUGUCGCCUCCCGGACGGGGAAGACGGUCAGGACGGUUGAUGUGGGCAAACUAGACGGCGGCUGGUUAGAAAUCUCACAUGAUACCACAUAUAUCCCUGCUGACCCUUCAAACGGUAGGCCUAAGGAUGGCUACAUUGACACUGUCAUCAAGGAUGAUAGGGAUCACUUGGCAUACUUUAGCCCUCUGGACUCCGAUGAACCGGUCAUGCUAACAUCGGGGAACUGGGAGGUUGUUUCAGCACCUUCUGCGGUUGACCUGAAGAAUAACCUUGCAUAUUUUGUCGCUACGAAGGAAUCUUCUAUUCAGCGACACAUAUACAGUGUUAAGUUUGACGGAUCUCACUUAAAAGAGAUGAUAGAUGUCAGUAAGGAAGGUUAUUAUGAUGUUUCGUUUUCCGCUAAGGCUGGCUACGCCUUAGUCACGUACAAGGGACCAAAUAUCCCUAUGCAAAAGGUCAUGAGCACCCCCGGCAAUCCAGAGGUAUACGAGCACAUCAUUGAAGAGAACAAGGAGUUGGCGGACAAGGCGAAGAAGCACGAGCUGCCAUUGCUAGACUACGGUACAAUUACCGUAGAUGAUGUCGAGCUUAACUACGUCGAGCGCCGGCCACCCCACUUCGACCCGAAGAAGCGUUACCCUGUGCUUUUCCAACAGUACUCUGGUCCGGGUUCACAGUCGGUAGAUAAGCGGUUCGUUGUAGAUUUCCAGUCAUACGUCGCCGCCAACUUGGGUUAUAUCGUCGUAACCGUCGACGGGCACGGGACGGGAUUCAUAGGGCGAAAAGCGCGCGUGGUUGUACGAAAGCACCUCGGAGAAAUUGAGGCGCAUGAUCAGAUUGCAGCGGCCAAGAUCUGGGCUGAAAAAUCAUACAUCGACGAAUCGCGGGUCGCAAUCUGGGGAUGGUCGUACGGUGGCUUCCAGACGCUUAAGACACUUGAGCAAGAUGCGGGUGCUACGUUCAAGUAUGGCAUGGCGGUGGCGCCGGUGACGGACUGGCGCUUCUAUGACAGUAUCUACACAGAGCGGUACAUGCUCACGCCGCAGCAGAACGCGCAGGGCUACGACAAAACUGCCGUUAGCAAUGUUACGGCGUUGGCGCAGAAUGUGCGCUUCCUUAUUAUGCACGGCGUCGCUGAUGAUAACGUGCACAUGCAGAACACGCUCACGCUGUUAGAUAAACUGGACCUGGCUGGUGUGGAGAAUUAUGAUCUGCACAUGUUCCCCGACAGCAACCAUGGUAUCUACUUCCAUAAUGCGAAUCGCAUCGUUUACGAUAAACUGAACAACUGGCUUAUCAACGCGUUUAACGGCGAAUGGCUCAAGGUCGCUCAUGCGAAGCCCAUACCCAACAAGGCGAAGAGAGAUAUAGAGAUGGUUAGGAACUCGGGACCGGAAGUCGUCGAGGGCCAACACUUGGAGUUGCAAUAUCUAUCCGGGGUGGAUUUAUUAUAGACUGCAUUGUAUAGCGGCGUAUUGGUGUAUACUUGUUUGGAUUGUACACUUUUGAAUAAACGACAUUUCGGGAAAUAAAUAUGAUAUGAAGCUUCCUGGUGUCGAGUUUCGAGUGGGGAGCUCGGUGAUGUUAUUUACGAUGUUAAGGCUGCAUAUAUUCUGGUAUAUUA